AAUAAAUGAUAGGACGUUAACCAAUUAGGCAGCUUUCCAAAUGUGCGGACGUGAGGGAUUAUAAACACAAAUAUAAAGCGAGAAUCUGCGAUCCUGCGCAAACUUUAAAAGAGGGAGAUAGAGAAGAAAAAAAAAAAAACAACAACACACACCCCACACAUACAUUCGCCCUUCGUUUUUAUUUAUGGACGCUCUUCUUGCUAACAAGUAUCUGAUAUCCUGUCCUGAGGACCUGUCGAUCUGCUGGACAACUCCGGUGAAGCUUCUGAGGACUUUAUUCUACGAAGCACCUGUAGUGUAGCCGCCACGUCCGUUUUGGGCUGCAGUUCUUUUAAAUAAGGAAGUUCGCUUGACGAUUACGCAACGGCUUACAAUUUAGAACCGAAAGUAAGCAAGGAACGGGACACCGCCCUGUGUGUGCAUAUAUUUUUCCUGAAGGGGCGGAUUAUUUCACGAUCGUUUAGGCAGUCUGUGGCCCAUUAAGGUGCGGGGAGGCGGGGUACAGAAAAGCGCAGUCCUCGUGGCAGAGCGCACCUGCUCCGACUCGCUCGACUCAUUUGAACGGUGAAUGCUUGCUUCUGUAACGGUGUGAGGGUGAACGCCGUCGCCACCACCACCACCUGAGGACUUCAACCGGUGUUUCCUUCACAAAAGAAUCUGGACGAAGCUGGCUGGGAAGAUACACAUAUGAAAGCCGGAGAGAGUAUGGAGGCCUUAAUUAAGGUCACUGCAAAUCGGCCAAAGAUGAAACGAAAGUGGAUCAUCUUGUUUGCUUGUGCAGUCAUCUUGAUUUUGAUCUACAGUUUUGUUUUACCUUCUUCAUUAUUCAACAUUAUUAAUCUGAGCAUAGCUAAGACCCCUUCCAUUUUUACUACACAUAACCCCACCAGGCACACGUUUGUUGCCUUUUCAGCCUUUCUGGAUGAUAGGGACUCAAAUUCUGCCUCUCCUGUGAUCCGAGUCAUUGGCCUCAACAACCUGGACCAUAAGGAGAAGGUGUACUGCCAUGUUCGGUGUGACAGUGGCGUUUACUCCACCCAGGCCAUGGAGCCUGUCCUCUCGAAUGACAUAGGAGUCCCCUCAGGCGUGUCUGCCAUGAUAUGUGAAAACCGCUGUGGCUCUGCUAGUUUGAUUGACAUUUUUGUGAGUACAAAGCAUAAUCACAGUGCCAAUGAAGGGUCAGUUAAAAUUCUUAACACCAAAGAAGGUCGACCCACAGAGUUCCAACAUGGUUUGACCGUUUGCAUUAACAAGGUAUUGGAUGAGUACAGUAAUGUCCUCCAACUCAUCCAGUCUAUCGAGAUGUACCGACUGCUGGGGGUGGGCAAGGUGUGGGUGUACAAAAUGAGCUGCUCAGACAGGAUGCAGCAGGUGCUUGACUACUACGCUCAAGAUGGCUUCAUCGAAGUCCUCAGUUGGGACAUUUCUCAGAUGUUUAAGUCAUCCCACAAAGAGACUUUACAGCACAUCCAGGAUAUAUUUUCAAUUGAUUGUGUCUACAGGAACAUGUACACAAGCAAAUAUGUCCUGCUCAAUGGACCAGAGGAAAUCCUCAUUCCUAACCAACAUGAAAACUUGACUGAGAUGAUGGAGGAGAUGGAACAUCAGCAUGAAGGAGCCGAGGCAUUUGUCUUUAAUGUGCACGUCUUUUCUGCUGUUGCCCCUGACAUGGACAGCCUUACUUCUAAUAAACAGUGGCCCGCUGAUCCCGGACUGAACAUUUUAUACUACCACUUCAACAAGGGAGUAGAGAGUGAUGAGAAGAGGAUGGUUAUAAACCCCAGGGUUAUUUUCAAUUUAGAUCAUCUUUCAGUGGAUUACAGUGGGAAGUGGGUCAAGAUCCCAAGUGACAUGGCUCAGUUACGCCUUUAUCAGAAUCCAAUCGCCACCAAAUCUGGGGAGAUCCCUGAGAACGAAGACAAAAGGCUGGAACAUUACAAGCCCACGCUGGCCGAGAAUCUGGCAGCAGUCUUGAGAUCUUUGCCUAUGCUGACUGAGAACCUGGAGCUGAAGUGGUUCACGCAGUGGACACACUGGCACGUUCCAGUUGUGAGUGAAAACACCUUUAAUCGGGAGGCCCUGAAUCGGCACUACAAGAGUAAAAGGCUCACCAUUGGCCUGACCGUCUUUGCACUGGGCAAGUAUCUGGAUUACUUCCUGGAGCAGUUUCUUGUCAGCGCCGAUAAGUACUUCAUGACAGACCACCGAGUGAUCAUUUACGUGAUGGUGGAUGAGCCUUCCAAAAUCGCCCACGUGGAGUUUGGAGCUAAACACUCCUACAAAGUAUUUCGCAUCAAGAAGGAAAGCCGGUGGCAGGACAUCAGCAUGAUGCGCAUGAAGACGCUCUCGGAUCUGUUGAGUAAGUACAUUCAAUAUGAGGUGGACUACCUCUUCUGUAUGGAUGUCGAUGUAAACUUCAUCGCCCCCUACGGUGUGGAGACCUUAGGAGAACGGGUGGCACAGACUCAAGCUUGGUUUUUCGAGACCACCAAUGAAUAUUUUACCUAUGAGAGGCGACCGGAGUCGGCAGCUUACAUUCCGAUGGGAGAGGGCGAUUAUUACUACCACGCGGCUUCCUUCGGGGGUACUCCCAGUGAGGUGCUGAAACUGGUGGACCACUGCUACAAUGGCAUCAUUGCUGACAAGGAAAAAAACAUUGAGGCCAUCUGGCAUGAUGAGAGCCAUCUCAACAAGUACUUUCUGCUCAAUAAGCCCACCAAGGUCUUGAGUCCAGACUACCUCUGGGAUUUUCAUAUUCAUGGAAAUGAAAAUGCAAAACUCCGUUGGGUACCAAAAGAUUACGGGCAAGUGCGGGAGAACUGAUACGAAGGACAAAGGACACAAAGAGUCAGCUGUGAUUCUACCUCUGAUAAUACGGGUUUUUAUUUCAAUUCCAGGGUUUUACUCAGAAAGGUCGAUGAUCUGGAAUUGCAGGAGUUAAUUCCUAUAUUUAUGCCUUAUUGUUCUAUUUUUAUGAAUGCAGAAACUGAAGAAUAUUAUCUAAACCAUAACAGUUCACCAAGGAAUGCACUUCUCAUGCCAGGGUUUGAGUUUUAAAUUGAUUCUUGAAAUUCAUUUUUUUCCCAGAAUGAUUAGACUUUGCUUUUAGUUUCCAUUUGGGGAAGCAUCUCCAGAAGCUUCACCACUCAUUCAUUUUCAAUUUGUAAUUUUUAUAGACAGGUUAAUAUGAAAAUGUUACAUUUUAUGCUCACAUUCAAUCUCACGGAGUCCACUGGAGACGUCAUUAUGCACAUGAGCUGAAACUAUCAUGAAAGAUGGAGAAACGAUAUUCAAGUUCUCCUAACCUGAUUCCUCAUUAAAACUCCUAAUUGAGGAUUUGUGUUAACUGGUAACUACAAUGUACCAACAUAUUGUGUGGCUACAAGAACAUGGGGUGACGAUUAAUGCAGGAUCACUCAUUAGUGCUGUUGUGCCACCCCAUCAAAUCGAAAAGAAAAAUGAAGGCACACUAGGAUGUUGCAUCUUAUCAGCCGAUGUGCCUGUUGUGGAGGCCCAGUGUGGGUCACAAUGGCCCAUCCGUCCUUAGUCCAUACACUGGGCAUAGUGAUUAGCGGCUUUGCUCCCAAUCACACUUCCCAGUAGUAGAGCUCCUGAAGCGGAUCACAGUAUGGUGAGAUAAUAUCCACAUCGAGAGGUACGCACUCAGGGUCCCCGAGGUUAUGAGAGCUAGCACUUGUGCCAUUGUACCAGCCCUCUCAUGGACGGGCAUCACUACAAUGCCACUUUUUUAUUAUUUGUUUGAAUAUAAUUGUGUUUUUUGUUUUAAUUUAAAUGUGCCAGCUUGAAGAUUCUCAAAGUGGGUGUAUUGGAUUACAGAGUAGCAUUGUGACAUCUGGUUGCUCCUCUCAGUUUUCACUGAAAGCUUGGUGCUGUCCAGUUAUUGACCAUGCCGGUGGGCAGUAGGACCUCUCUAGCAUCCAUCACACUGUUUGCCAUCUCUCAUCUGGUCUGUCUCGGUCUUUCUCUCUCUCUCUCUCUGACACUGGUUUGUCUUACCUUCCUUUUAUGGGACCCCUUCAUCAACGUAGAAUUGGAGCUUUUGUUUUGGGACUGCUCAUCCACUUGCAAUCAUUUAUUUAUUUUAAACUAGUAUGCUGAGCUAUUAACACAAGAAGUUGACUGUGAUUCCACUAGUGUUGUACAGAUGCUAAAAUUUUGACUUCAGCAUCGAGAGCAGCUAUUUUGGACCUCAUUCUCAGUAAGAAAAUCGUAUCAAAGAAAAUAAUGGUUAACCCUGGGUGUCCCACUCCAGCCUCCUGGAUGUACCCCACAAUCACAAACUUCACUGCUAUGACACAAAAACGUGUGCCUCACUGCCUUGACACACUCCAAGGUUCCCCUUUCCUUUCUCCAUUGUGUCAAAGAGCAGAAGAACAAAGUGCCGAACAUCAGGUCUUUUAAACCUGUCGUUUACUUCUGGUACUGAAAGUACUAAACUGUUGGCACCGUAAUGUGUUAAAAAUGACAUUUUUCGGUACAUCUCUUGUAUAUAUUUAUCUUGUGGUUGCGGUCCCGCCCAUACGCAGUCCACAUGGCAUUUCUCGAUUCCUAUUCAUCCUCUUCCAAACCCUUCCCCAAGCUGCUUGCGGCAUCCCAUACAUCACCACGCCGCUUUUGCCUUGGUUACAAAAUGAACGACAGUAUCUUCUCUGUCGACAGGUUUUUGUACAACGUCAUCUCUAUUCCGGGAUCCGGCAACUGCC